AGUUUUUAAUGAGAUUAGUUUAGAAGACCGGAAGUGGAAUUAUUUCUCCACUUUUUUUGUUGGAAAUGCUUCCCUGCUCUUCAUCCGCGCAGAUGGAGGGAUGUGACGAGGAGGAGAGGGACGCGCACAUGGAAACAGAGUGCAACAGACUGACGGAGGAGAGAGACGAGGCCCAGAGACAGCUCAAACACAUCAAGAGAGUGUCUCAGAUGGUGAUAGAGGAGGUGGGAGUUCUGCAGACUCAGCUCGAGAUCGAGAAGUCAUGUCGGGAGAAUGCAGAGGCCCUGGCCACCAAGCUGAACUGUGAGAACAGGAAGUUGAAGUAUCUGAGCCUGACGUCACGGCCGUGUUUGGACGAGCUGCUUCCCAGCAUCUCUGACUGCGUCCCGCUGGACGCUGAUGGAGACGCAGCGGACAACAGCCCGGACACCUUCACUCAGUGCCAGCUACAGGUGAAAGAGCUGCGGGAGACCGUGAACAAUCUGCUGGAGGAGAAGAAGAAGUUUGUCUGUCAGAUUCAUGAACAGCAGCGACAGAUAGAAGAGCUGAGCCUCCAGUCAGAGAAGAAUCAAGCAGAGAUGAAAGAACUUUGUGAGACAGUCGAGCAGCAGAGCAAAACCAUCAAGAGAUUCAACAGAGUUUCCAUGAUGGCAGCUCAGGAGUACGACGGGAUGAAGGAGCAGCUGGACUUGGAGCAAAACCUCCGAGUUAAAGCUGAGAGCUACGCACACGAGAUGUUGGUGAAGCAGAAGGAGGCCAACAGGCAGAGCAUGCUGCUGCUGCAGAGCGCCGAGCCCAGCGUCCUGCUGCUCAAAGCUCUGGAGGACGUCGCCGUCGUCACCAAAACGCUGGAGGAGGAGCGUCUGCAGCAUCAGCAGCAGGUGCAGAGCCUGGAGGCCCAGCUGGAGGACAGCACUGUGAAGAAACAGCUGGAGGACCUUCAGAGACAGCUGGAGCUUCUGGAGGUGGAGAAGAAGGAGACGGAGGGACGACUGCAGCGGGCAGAGAAGAAGAACGAGGAGCUGGAGAAAAGAGUCCUCGAGCUCCAGGAGACCGAGAGGGAGUUGGCAGCCGCCACAGACCUUCCUCCCCCAUCGCCUGGGGUGGCCCCGCCUCCUGCUCCACCCCCACAGCCACCUCCUCCCCCUCCUCCUCCUCCUCCACCACCUCCUCCACCACCUCCCCCUUCCAGAUGCAACCCCCUCAGCUCUCUGAUCGCCAUCAUGAGGAAGUCCUCCAAAGUCUCCAAAGUGAAGGUGGAGCCGACUCCAGCAGCCGAAGGCGUGGACGACGUGAAGGUGAAGGCGGUGAACGAGAUGAUGGAGCGGAUCAAACACGGCGUCGUCCUGCGUCCCGUCAAAAGUCAGGACAACAAGAGAGCAGCAGUCAAACCUCCCCCCUCUGAGGACAAACUGCAGGAGAGUGCCAUGGACGAGCUGAAAGGCAUCCUGGAGACGGUGAAGAGGAGCCCCAGCCGAGGCUCCCAGGAGUCGGGGCCGUCGCCGGCGGCGAAGAAGGACAGCGAGCUGGAGGUCAUCCUGAGACGUCGACGCAACAAGGCUGGAGAGGCCGGAUCCGGAGAUGAGCGCGACGGUCAGAUGAGCCACGUCUCCUCCUUGGACAGCCUGAACGGGAGGCGCACCAGCACUGACUCCAGCAAAGAUUCAGAGGGACCCGCUGGGCUGAGCGUCCCACCUGACCCGGCUGGAACCAGGGUCAGCCCAGAGAGGCGGGGAUCUGGGCCGGGGCCCGUGGUGGCCCCGAGGAAGAGCUCCGACAAGGAGAGGAGGUCCUGCAGCUCUCUGCCUGAGAGGGAAGCCGCCGAGUGUCUCGUCAGCAACGGCUGCUUCAGCAGUGUCGGGUCGGAGAACCGGAUCGAGUCAAACGGAGUCGUGGACCCACAGACCGCCGUCUGCACCGAGCCCGUUAACGGCACCGAACCCGUUAACGGCACCAUGCCCGUUAACGACACCAUGCUCGUUAACAACACUGAGCCCGUUAACGACACCAUGCUCGUUAACAACACUGAGCCCGUUAACGGCACCGCCGAGUGUUGAGACGGACCCCCCAGGAACCCAAGUUUUAUUUGCCAGAACCUCCUGUGUUUUUAUUGGUGAGAAUCGGAUCGGGUCAGACAGCCUGGGGAGUUCUGAAACACGUUUGCCUUUUCUGCUUGGAUCAAAACCAGAACUAAAAUCUGCUUUUCACCUUUUUUGUUUUCUAGAUUUACAAGUUAAUCGGGUCAGAAAUAAUUCUGACCAUAAAAGAACAAAAUGAACUGAUAACGAGAGCCGUUCAGAGAAACGGUUCUGAAAGUUCUGGAUGUGAAAACAAGUCCAAAACGUUCAGCUUCUGCAGAAACUUUUGAAUAAAUUAUCCUUUUAUUUUGUUUUAUUUUAACUCCCGACCCGAUGGCCUCACAUUAAACCUCAAACCCAAAUCUGAGACAAACCCAACAGAACCAGUCUGGAAACAAACAAACAAACAAAGUAAACGAGAAGCAUGAGAUUUUUGUUUUAAAGUUUGGCGCUAAAACGUCGUUGCCUCACGAAGAUCCGCUUGUGUCAGAUUCCUGAAGAUCCAGGACAGAACUGCAUGUGAGUCCAGAACCUUUUUACUGAUAAUACGCCGUUCCAGAAACGGGGGAAAUCAAACUAGCCUUUCUUGAAGCAACGCGCAUCGUCCGCCGCCUCGCGCGCCAACGUUUUAAACAACAGUCCUUCGCGAUCCGUUAGCGCUCAGCGUACUCAUAGGGAGGACUCUCAGCUACUACCACACUGAUCUGUAGCUCAACGUCUGUGAAACUGACUGACUUACUGCCUUGUUUGCAUUUGGUAGCCAUCUUGAAUUGAACCAACUUUUAAAUUAGAGUUUCAUUAAUUUCCGUCCAUGGGUUUAUGGGAUAUUUUGCUAACACACACACACACACACACACACACAAACAGAAAUACUCAAAUCAUAAAAAUAAAAAAAAGACAAUAAAAGCAAGCGUCUCUGAAUCAGAACAGCAGGUUUAAGAUAAACAGAUGAAUUUUUAUGGUGCUGGGAAGCCUAAAAGAGAUAACAGGGACUCUGGAGGUUAAAAAUACAUUUCACUGUAAAAAAUUAAUUUUAAUUCCACUUUAAGAAGCUACAGCUCUGAAAUCAAACCUAGCC